UACAUGAGAGAGUGGACAGCUCCGGUGCUGAUCUUAAAGCCGGUCACCGAGGCAGCGUUCGGACCGGUGCGGUCUAAUUGCUUCGUUGCUGCUGAAUUAUUCGGUUUGGCCACAUUUUUCAGCAAGGACACGUUCGUGAGACCAUGAGACACGAAGCACCCAUGCAGAUGGCUUCUGUGCAAGACUCCAGAUAUGGACAGAAAGACACAUCUGAUCAGAACUUUGAUUAUAUGUUCAAACUCCUUAUUAUCGGCAACAGCAGUGUUGGAAAGACGUCCUUUUUGUUUCGAUACGCUGAUGACUCCUUUACAUCUGCUUUCGUGAGCACAGUUGGGAUUGAUUUCAAGGUGAAAACGGUCUUCAAAAAUGAAAAAAGGAUCAAGCUACAAAUAUGGGAUACAGCUGGACAGGAGAGAUAUCGCACAAUUACAACAGCUUAUUACCGCGGUGCAAUGGGUUUCAUUUUAAUGUAUGACAUUAGCAAUGAAGAAUCCUUCAACGCAGUACAAGAUUGGUCAACCCAAAUCAAAACAUACUCAUGGGAUAAUGCCCAAGUAAUACUGGUUGGUAACAAAUGUGACAUGGAGGAUGAAAGAGUGAUCUCCACAGAAAGAGGGAAGCAUCUUGCAGAUCAGCUCGGUUUUGAAUUUUUUGAAACAAGCGCUAAAGACAACAUCAACGUCAAGCAGACUUUUGAGCGACUGGUGGACAUCAUCUGUGACAAAAUGUCGGAGAAUCUGGAAACGGAACCGGUUAUCACCGCCGCGAAACAGAGCACAAGACUGACGGACAAGCCCCCUCCACAGCAGCCUAACUGUGGAUGUUAAUAACUUGAACCAGUCAUCUUCAGUGCGUUCUAUUGCCAACAAGUAUUUCAAAACACUGAUCCAUUGGCUUUUUCAUUUCUCCUGUCUAAUAAAUUUUAAAAGUCAAAAAUAAAAAUCAUUAGAAAAAGUAGCCUUUACUUUGUAUGGUAAGCUGAUGAUGGCCUGGAGGCUGACCCGUCAUAAUAAAUGUUUCCGCUGCUUGCAAGCUAAA